CAUUUAACCCGAGAACAGAAAUAAGUAAAAUACUUAAAUAAUUUCCAGGACUUAAUCACUGGCUUCUAAGUAGUCUGAAAGAAGACUUUCUUCAAGAACGUGUUGAAAUCUAAAUACAGUAACUCCACAUCCAAAUACCCUGAACAUAAAACACUAAAGUGGGCUAGGAAAUAAAAGGUAAAGUCCUGAUGGCAAUGCAGAAUUUUUUACUAUUUUUUUCUAAGUACGUUUUAAGGUCUUCAAAAAGAUAAAUAUUUAAUAUAUGCAGUAAUAAAUUUAAAAAGCUAAAAUCUGCCAAGGUCUUUGCGAUUUUAUUAAAACAAUCCAGUGCUCCAUUUUCAAAAUUUGAGGGGGAAAAAGUUUAACUUCAUCAAUGGUAAUUCAACAAUUAAAUAGGGGACAUACUUCUUUGAACUUACAAGUAUGUUUAGCAAAAUGCACUUUAAAUUAUAUGCUAAUCAAGGCAUGUAAAGCACUUUCACUUUAAAAAUUAGUUCUUAAUCUCUGUAUAAUGUAUUUUAUGUAGGGUGUUAACUUGUUAACUUUUUAAAUUGCAAAAACAAUAUAUGCUCAUUGUAAUAGACUUUUUAAAAAGUUGUACAUACAUAUAUAAAGUUAACAGUCCUCUGUACUCAAUACCUUCCCCCAUCUCACUCUAAGUAACCAUAAUUAACACUUUAGUCUGUGCUCUUCCAUAUAGUUUUACUACAUAUAUAUAGCACAAAUGCACAUAUAUAAGUAGGGCACAUUUUCAAAGACGAUUCAUUUAUUAAACUAAUUCCUAAAUAGGCCAUUGGUAAUAACAUUAAAGGGGAUUUUUCUUAUUACGGUACUUUGAAACUAUUUGGUUACUUUCCCAUAGUACUACCAUAAGCACUUCAGCCACCAGGCCCAUUUUCAUGCCCUUUAAACUAAUUUUCCCUUUUUAUUACCAAUUGCAUAUAAAAAUGGGCAAAUGCAUGAAAAACUAUUGAGUCCUUUCCAACUUAUACUACAGUGUUUUAGGCAUUAGAACUUCUUGAAAUUACGGGUAUUUCUAAGUGAUACCUUCCAUUUUAGGAGCCAGUUCUGAACAAGGAAGUUAGAUGAUUCAGGAUGUUGUUACAGGGCUUUGACAUUGGAUGGUUGAAACCUGCCAUUGAUGUGUUCUGUUUGUUAACUAGGAUCUGUUCAGAACCCAGCUGAAUCACAUCAAAGUUUUUACUAAUGUCAGGAAUAUACCUACUUCUGCUUGUAUACCUCUCUUCCCAGGGCAUCUAUACUGGGCGUUUAUUUAGUAUUGUUUAAGAGUUUAAGCUGAGUCAUACCAAAGCUGCAAAGGAAUCUUUCAAAAAGGUGCCAUGCUUACAUACUCCACCUAGAGGCUGUGUGGAUUAAGGAAAUUGAGUUUACUUAGCAAAGGUUUCUUAUAGGUCCCAUCUUUUAUACUGCAGUUCUUUAAAAAAAUUUGUUCUUGAAAUUGAACUAAAGAAUAUUCUGAAGAGAAAUUUUCACUUUAUAAUUUUGUCUCAAGUCCCAAGUCAGAGGUUGGCCGCCAUUUUCCAUACUUUAAGUUGUCAAUAGCCCCCAAAUGUUUUCACUUUCCUUUAAAAGCUGCCCUGUAGCUUUGCUUCAGAGAAAGCCUUAAGGAGUACUUACUCUUAAGAGAAUAUACUUGUUUCUACUGUAAGACCUAUACAGGGGUAGGACAGCAAUCCACAGAUUUAAGCAGAGGCUUUCCUGUAAAUCUGGGAGAUAGGAGACCUUGGAUGUGUUUGAUCUGAUGGUCACCAAGCCUGUACAAGUUUUGAUUGACUUUAUUUCUCUCUUUGUUAUGCCUUGUGGAUUGCUGACUCUCUGCUUCUUUACUGAAUGGAGCCUUUUCUUUUUUUUUUAAGUUGAUCAAUAUCAAUAAUUAUAGCUACUGUCAGUUGAAUACUUAUAAUGUACCAGAACUGAAUGGUGCUUCCUACUUUAAAACCUCAGGCUUGUACUAAUUCACAAAGACUACAUACUUCCCCCUAGAUCACAGGUCUUCCCAAGUAGUGUAAUUAGUUUGAAAUUCCCUUGGUGACUUCCCUCACUCCUACCACAAAUGGAGAUAAUUUGCAGGCUGGGAUUACCAUGAUUAAAUGAAACAGUUAACUUUUUAAAUAAAUGAGUAAACUCCUUCAAGUGAUAAUCUGUGCAAAGCAUCUGACCAUAUCCCUUCUUGUUUCAAAUAUAGGAGACAAGGGAAUGAAAGCUGGGUUCCAAAAAAAAAAAAGGACAAAACAACUGAUGCUGAUUUAUAAAUAAGUACUGAGCAUUUUAAACUCAGUAGCUACAGCAAGCAUCCAUAAGCAUAAAAAUUAAGCUACAGGUGUUCCCUGAGUUACAGCCUAUACUCCUUAAGGCUAGAUUAUCUCCUCAUGGCCUCUGCCCUCACCCAUUCCUUCCCACCUCCCACAAUUAAGUUCCUUUAUUUCACUAUUCAUUUGAGAACUAAAAGGAAUAAUUUAUCUUCCUUAGAUUUUUGGAAAGAGCCCAGGCUUUGGAGUUGGGUCCAAGUUGGGUCCAGGCUUUGGAGUUUAUGUCCAAGCAGAGACAUAGCUUGGAUUCUGAUUCUUCGAUUUACUAGCUGUAUGAAUUUGGACCUGGAAUGGAAAAUUAUCUAUGUGGGCUCUGCAGAAAGUGAAGAAUACGAUCAAGUUUUAGACUCUGUUUUAGUGGGCCCUGUUCCUGCAGGAAGGCAUAUGUUUGUAUUUCAGGCUGAUGCACCUAAUCCGGGACUCAUUCCAGAUGCAGAUGCAGUAGGUGUAACAGUUGUGCUAAUUACAUGCACCUAUCGAGGUCAAGAAUUUAUUAGAGUUGGUUAUUAUGUAAAUAAUGAAUAUACUGAGACAGAAUUAAGGGAAAAUCCGCCAGUAAAACCAGACUUUUCUAAGCUUCAAAGGAACAUUUUGGCAUCCAAUCCCAGAGUCACAAGAUUCCACAUUAAUUGGGAAGAUAACACAGAAAAACUGGAAGAUGCAGAGAGCAGUAAUCCAAAUCUACAAUCACUUCUUUCAACAGAUGCAUUACCUUCAGCAUCAAAGGGAUGGUCCACAUCAGAAAACUCACUAAAUGUCAUGUUAGAAUCCCACAUGGACUGCAUGUGACCACCUGCCAUCCCUAUAGUACAAAUUAAGCUAUAAAAACACACAGAACUAUUUCCCUGAAAUUCCGUAAGUCCAUAGUCAAGAUACAAUGUGAAGAAUUUGUUUAAAAAACAUCCUGUAGAAAGUUUAUAAGAAAACCAGUAUUUGAGCAAAUUGUGGAAUAUAAAUACAACUAUUUUUAAGUAAUUUUUUUCUCUAAUGUGUUAUUUUAUUUGUUCUGAAACUAAUCUGAUUAAAACAUAUAUAUUAUUUUCUUUUCCUCUAUAUGUAAUUAAAGCACUUAUAAAGAAAAGUGAAUCAUUAGACCAGGUUGUAAAGAUGUCUUAGCCUCUUGGACAAUAAUCUUUGGACCACUAUUUUACUAAUCUUUGAAAGAACAAAGUUAACUUCAACUAAAAUGUGUCUUCCUGUGAUAACACAUAAUUUGGUUUGAUUUAAGGAGCAAGUUUUCAUUCUUUUUACGGCAUGCCCUUAAAGAAGGGAUUUGAAGUCAACUGUAUGCUACCAAGAACUGUAGGAUCUGAUUUUCCAGGCCACCUUGAAGCCUCUUAUGGCUACUGUUCAGUUCAUAUAAUGUUAGCCAGCAUUCAGUUUGGUUUCUAAGACAACAAAUGUGGUUAAUUGUUAUAAGGUCCUCUGGCUAUGAUUUUUGUUUUUAUAACAGUUCAGGACAUCAGAACACUCCUUGAAUCAUACAUCAUUACUACCCAGUGAAUUCAGCAGGUCAAGAGCAGAUACAAACUCCCUAAGUUUAAGAGCAGGAGAGUA